AUGUGUGGCAUUUGUUUUUCUCUUCAUACACAGUCAACAUCUGUUCCCAUAGAUUAUACACCAUUAAAUGCACGUGGUCCUGAUUUUCAAAAUCAAUAUGGACCUAUUUCACUUACAUCUGACUUCUAUGUUACAUUUGCUGUUAGUGUCCUUGCUCUUCGAGGAUAUAAACAAGAACAACCAUUUAUUGAUGAAGAUGGAAAUAUACUUUUAUAUAAUGGAGAAAUCUAUGAAGGUCCUUUACAAAUUAAACCAGAUGAUAAUGAUGGUAUACUUUUAUCUAAUCAUUUAAAAACUUGUUCAAAUGAAAUAGAUAUUUGUAAUUUGAUAUCAAAAUUAGAAGGAUGCUUUGCUUUUAUUUAUUUUCAAAAAAAAACCAAUAGCUUAUAUUAUGGACGUGAUCGAUUAGGACGUCGAAGUUUAAUGUAUUCCAUAACAAAUGAUACACAAUCAAAUUUGAAAAUGAUUCUUAGUUCAGUUCGAUUAAAUCAUCUCUCAUAUACAGAACUUGAUUCAAAUAUUCUUCAUAAAUUAACAGUACUAUCAACUGAUAAUACAUUUAAAAUUGAGACUUUUCCAUAUAUACAUUCAAUGAUCGAUAGUUUUCCUUCUGAACCACCGGAUGUUUUAUUAAACGAAUUUGAAUCGAAUUCAAUAUUUCAAAAUAUAUCAACAACAUUUCUUAGUCAAUUACAAGCAGCUGUUCAACGACGGAUUGUAAAUUUACCUUCACUCUGUCGUCAAUGUAAACGUUUAACAGAUAGUAAUCUUCGUCCAAUAAAUGGAUGUCAACAUGCUAAAUUAGCAAUACUUUUCUCGGGUGGAAUCGAUUCAACUGUACUGACUGUAUUAGCUGAUCGAAUUUUACCAAUAAAUGAACCUAUUGAUCUACUUAAUGUGGCGUUUUUCUCAGACGUAUUCGUACCACCAGCAGAUCGACAAACAGGUCUAGAAGCUUUAACUGAACUUAAUCCAGCUCGACAAUGGAAUUUUGUUAAAAUCGAUGUUAAUGUAAAGGAAUUACAACAUUAUCGUGAAAAUAUUAUUAAAAAUGUUAUCUAUCCAUGUUCAACAGUAUUAGAUGAUAGUAUUGGUAGUGCUCUAUGGUUUGCUGCUCGUGGUAAUGGAGUACUUCAUCCUGAUAAUAUAUCAUAUGAAAGUUCAGCAGAAGUAUUAUUAUCCGGUUUAGGUGCAGAUGAACAAUUAGCUGGUUAUUCGAGACAUCGAUCAACAUUUCAAACAAGUGGAUGGAAAGCACUUGAAGAUGAACUUGAUAUGGAAAUAAAUCGAAUUUCAAAACGAAAUUUAGGACGUGAUGAUCGUGUAAUUAGUAGUUUAGGUAAAGAAGUUCGAUUUCCAUUUCUUGAUGAACAAGUAGUCGAUUAUCUUCAUUCAAUACCUAUUUGGUACAAAGCUGAUCUACGUUUAGGACGAGGUAUUGGUGAAAAAUAUCUACUCCGUUAUGUAGCACGUCAAUAUUUAUCACUUCCACAAUCAUCAACAUAUCCUAAACGUGCGAUACAAUUUGGUUCAAGAAUUGCAAAACUUGAAAGUAGAAAAGAAAAAGCAUCUGAUCAAUGUGCAAGAUUAACAACAGAUAAUAAUAAUAUUGAUAAUGAAGACUAG